GGUUAGUUCGUCGUGGAAAUUCGCUUGACAUAGACGUGCAUCAUGUCUAUUGCUUAUAAACUUGGUGAUUUAGUUUGGGCAAAAAUGAAGGGCUUCAGCCCUUGGCCCGGCCGGGUAGCCAUCCCCACUCCUGAAUUGAAGCUUCCGAAAAAGGCUACUAAUGUGCAAUGCAUUUACUUCUUUGGAACUAAUAAUUAUGCGUGGAUAGAAGAUAACAACAUCAAACCAUAUCAUGAGUUCAAGGAUCAGCUCAUCAAGUCAUCCAAGACUGUCGCAUUCAAAGAAGCCGUCAAUCAGAUUGAGGAGUACAUCGUCAAUCCUGAGAAAUUCGCUGAAUUAGACGACCACGCGAGGAAUGCCGAGGAAGAGUUUGACAAGCUGAAGGAUGUCCUGGCAAGCGAAAACCAAGAGGAAAAGACGGAGGAAGAGACCACAUCCCCCGAGGUCAAAAAGAAGAGCUCCACUCCAAAGAUACGUUUGGGUUCAAAGGUGAAGCCAAUAAAACGCUCAUCGUCUACCGGACUGAAGUCAGCGCCGCGGAAGAAAAGCAAGAGCAGCCUGUCAAGGUCCUACACCGAAAGUGAUAUGAACGAUAAGCCCUCUAUGUUGAACCAUUCGUUCUCGAAGAAGUCCAGUCUGCUGCAUCGUCCAUCCAAUAUAUUGAGACCUGAAACGCCACCGUUGGACUUGGAGAAUGUCUCCGAAACAUUACUGGAGAAGAAUAUUAAAGCCAGCCAAAUGAAGUUCGGCUUCCUCGGCCUGGGCAUCAUGGGUAGCGGCAUAGUGAAGAACCUGCUCAAUUCUGGGCACAAGGUCAUUGUUUGGAACAGAACUGCAGCAAAGUGUAAGGAUUUCGAGAAGGUUGGCGCCACCAUCGCCGUAACACCGUGUGAUGUCGUUGAGGAGUCAGAUAUUACGUUCUCCUGCGUCGCUGAUCCGCAGGCGGCGAAAGAGAUGGUGUUCGGCAACUGCGGUGUGCUGCACUGUCCGUCGCUGGAGUCGAAGGGCUACGUGGAGAUGACGUCCAUAGAUUCGGACACGUCUCAUGAUAUCGUUGAAGCAAUCAGCGGGAAGGGUGGCAGAUAUUUAGAGGCGCAGAUUCAAGGGUCAAAGACCCAAGCGGAGGAGGGCACGCUGAUAAUCCUGGCGGCGGGAGAUCGCACGCUGUUCGACGACUGCCAGUCGUGCUUCAAGGCGAUGAGCAAAAACUCCUUUUACCUUGGUAGCGACAUCGGGAACGCGUCGAAGAUGAACUCGGUGCUAUCAGUGGUGGGCGGAGUUGCGCUGGCGGCGCUGGCCGAAGGUCUCGCGCUGGCCGACCGCGCCGGCCUCAGCCAGGCCGACCUGCUGGACGUGCUCGCACUCACGCCGCUCGCCUCCCCGCACCUCAUACUCAAGGGACGAGCAAUGAUAGAGUCAUCGUACUCAACGCACCAGCCCCUGACCCACAUGCAGAAGGACCUCAAACUGGCGCUAGGGCUGGGCGACGCGUUAGAACAGUCGCUGCCACUGACGGCGACCACCAACGAGAUCUUCAAGCACGCCAAGCGGCUCGGGUACGCGAACCACGACGUGGCUGCCGUCUACAUCCGCGCCAGGUUCUGAUCCGCUCCGACCCUCAAACCACAUCCCACGCCGGGGUCCAUUCUACGUGUUCUUGUAUAGUAUGUUAUAGGUAUCUUGUGUAUACAGUUACAGGAUUUUACGAUUUUAUGGGGGGCUUCGGAAUACAUUCGAUUAUAAUAAAACUCCUAUUGCUAUAAAGAUAUAGUUCAAAUUGCUUAGUACGUACAAUAUACUUGUAAUUGGGUUAACUCGAUAUGCUAUCAUGUAUGCGAUUUUGUGCUAUAACUAGUAUCUCGACCUGCCUUCAUCUGGGUUCUCAUAACUGCGAGUUUUGUAUAACUAUAUAAAUAUUUUAACAUAAUUGAAGUAUUUAAGCGAUUUAGGUGUUAUUUUGCACAAGUCCAUUUCACUACUUAAUGGAUUUAUAUUUUGUUUAAUUCCGCUACAAUUAGACCAGACAGUCAACA